CGUUAGAAAAAUUAUAUAGAUUUAAAAUAUGUGAUUUUAUUUUUGUAUUCUUCUAUGAAUUAUAAUUCACUCAGCUUAAUUUGUGUUUUAUUUUUGAUUUGAGUAAUUAUAAUAUAUUAUUUAUUCAGUUAGUUUAUCUUUAUUUUGACCUAAACUAACAAACAUAUUAUUAUGUUUCAGAAAUGGAUGUAUCAAAUUUAGAUUACUAUCCUAUGUACAUAUUGAAUGUGAUUCCAGAACUUUCUGAUGAUGGAAACGUGCAAAUACCACAACAAAUAUUGUCUAAUGGACAACUGCCAUAUAGUUGUUUUAUUCCAAAUACUGAGCAUCAUAUUACAACAUUAAGUACAGAAAACGUUCAACAAAUAGUUCCUCAACAAAAUAAUAAUAUAAAAUCAAUUAAGACAUUAUCAUAUGAAAAAAAAGUUCACGAUACGGCAGCUAAUAAUGAUAUAAAUUUCAAGUUAGUUCUUUACAUAACAAAUACACGUGUGUCUAAAAUUUUAUAAUGUAAUUUUUAUUGUUUUAGAACACGGGAUAAUAAAUGUACAGAAAAAUCAAUUAAUGAUCUAUCAUUGUUAUUAAAAGAUGAAGAUAUUAAUGAUACCAAGACUGAAGUGAUAAAGUAUGAUGCAAAGACUGACACGAAUGUAAUUUUUCAGUAAGUAAAUUAAAUUUCGAUUUUUAUACUUAAACAUUUAACUUGUACAAUUUUUUUUUUUAAAUAUAUUUUAUCACUAAACUAAAAAUGUGCAAUACUUUUUUUAAUACUAAAUAAACUGAAAUCCGAAUUCUAAAAUAUAACUAAUAUAUUAUAAUUAGUUCUUACAAUAUCCCUUAAAGUAUUAGUAUUAAUCGACAGAGUUUUACUGGUUUACGACAAAAAUAACCACUGAUACGUUUAGGCUUCAUGAGAUAUUGUAAGAACAGCUUUAAAUGUAAUAAAAUUUAUUAUAGUUUAGUCAGACCAUCUGAUUUAGAAGUGAAUCCUACUGAAAUAAAAGUACCAAAACGUGGACGACCAAAAAAAAAUGAAACAAAAGAAGAUAUUUCUUCAAAACAGUCUAAACCAGAAGAUGUAAUAUUCAAUUAAAUUAAAUUUUUGUUCAUUAUUAUUAACAGCAAUAUUUUACAGACCAUUGAAUAUACACCAACGUUAACAAAAUCGGGUCGUUUGUGUAAGCCUCCAAAACAUUUAUUAAAUGGAGAUAAAAUAAGUGCAAUAAAAAAAAACUCAAUUCUUAACAAUGACAAUGAUAUAGGUUCGUUUAUUUUUUCAUAUAUUUAUGCAUAAUUAGAUUGGCAACAACUCUAGCACUUUUCAAGUUUAAUUAAUUUUAAAAUCGUAAUAAUUUUUUUAAUUAUACUUUAUAGUUUAUACUGUAUACAAUAUCAAUACAAUUAUUGUACAUGCAAUAUUGUUUGUAUAGGAAAAAGUGUUUUUAAAUUAAUAACAACGAAAUUCCUAUAAAAAAAAAAUAUCGCAGAUAAGUUGUUUAUUACAUUUUUAAUUAAUUUAAAUAUUUUUGUUUAGUUAUUUGUGGUAGAAAAAAAGUAAAAUACAAUGUAAAAACAGAUUUUGUAUGUGGAGGUUGUGGAAAAAUUUAUUUGGGUCACAAACGAAUACAAGAACAUUUGGACAAGUUUCCUACUCACAAAAUGAAUGCAAGUGAACAUCAAAUCAAAACAUUUGAUUCAGUUUUACAGGAUAAUUUUCAAAACCUUCAUGAACCACCUAUGAAUAGUAAUUUCUCUUUAAUAUUGUAUAAAUCGGUUGUUUUCAUAAAAUGUGAAUAUUAUUUCAGUUGAUGUAGUUAAUGACAAAAAGGAAACACACACUCAGACUGAAGUUAUAAAAUUUAGACAUUGCGGUUACAUAAAAUCAAAAAAGAAAUUAUCCUAUCAUUUAAAACAAGUAACUAUAAUAAAACUUUCCUUUUUUCAAAGUAUUCCCGUUAAAUAGAUUUCAAUUUGUAUAUUUUAGGUAAUGAAACAUUUAAAAAAACCGAACUUAAUUAAAUCCUUGUCUGAAACAAUAUCUGUUUGGGAUUUAUUAUCCUGUACACUUGAUAGUGGAAAUCUACAAGAAUUUUCCAAAGAACUAAAUACACUAAUUAUAAAUUUGAGAAACGUAUCAAAAUCCUUAAAACUUAUAUCAAAAUGUGAAUCUAAUCUCAUUGAUAGUAACCAAAUGGUAAAAUACUAACCAACAAUUCAUAUGUACUAUUAUUAUAUUAUAAUUUCUUGUUUGAUUUUGUUUCAGUUCAUAGACGAUUCAUUAAGCCAUUUAUUUGAUUUGCCUAAAGGUUCUUAUAGUUUAACAAAUAUUCAAAAUGAAUAUGAAAUUGAACCAGCAUCUAGCGUUUGGGCUAUGAACCCUGCUAAAACUGUUGAACCUAUAGUGUCUGCUCCUCAGAAUUUAAAUCACCAUUCUAGUGAUAUUAAUUUAAAUCUGUUUGACACACAAUCAUCUAAGGUAGAUUUUCUACUGAGUUCUAGUAUGGAAGAAUCAAUUAUGUGCGUUGGAAAUCAAACAGCUCUGGAAAAUGUAAAUGGUCUCGUAUCUGAAAGGUUACACACAAUGUCUGAUCAUUUGCAUUCAAAUGUACCCAUUAUUGGUAAGAUUCUAUUGAGAUAGGUAUACAUUUUAUUUUUAUUUUUAUUUUUAUAUUAAAAAUGUUUUAGAUUAUCCAAUUACAUCCACUUCAUCUGCCUCCAAUGUCUCUCAACCGGAUUCUUUUAUGAGUCAUGGAGUCUAUGAAGUUUUUACUAAUGAUUUGAAUCUAGUCUCUACAACCACAGAGGAAUUUAUUAAAAGCUUGGAACAAUUUGAACCUCUUAACGAUACUGAUAACUCUCUAAGUACAGAAACAAGAAUGUUAGACUUUGAAGAUCUUCAACAUACAUUUCACACAGCUUAAAUUUAAGUAAAAAAACAACUAUAUGACUUUUUUUAUUCAAAAAUUGUUCUUAUUU